AUGGCAUUUUGGUCCAGCACUUCGGUUUUUACCUCUAAAGUGCCCCGGAAAAUCUUAUUCAUGUUCACCCUCUCCCUCUCUGUCACCUACUUGUUCUAUAGCUUGAUGAGCUGCUACAACUCGCUGCAGUUCCCCCUGCAAGAGAACUACGUCUACCAAGGGCGGCUGGUGACCGAGGAGACAACUUUGGUGACACUGAGGGAGCAACUUUAUUCCACUUCGUCCCGGGGCUUCGCGGAGUCGGGGUUUACCGAGAAGACCACCGCGGGGUCCGCCGUGAGCGAGCAUGCCAGCUCCGAGCGGAGGAGCGGGGAGUGGGUCCGGACGCCGCCGGCUCCGACUCGGCCGGCGGCGGCGGAGGCGGCCGCGGCGGCAGCAGACCACAGCACGGCCCCGGAGAAGGAGCAGCAUGAGUUCAGCACCACGGACAGCGAGCUGAGGGCGAACUGCACCUCGGAUUACGGGGAGAAGAAACUCCCCCAAGCCAUCAUUAUCGGAGUGAAAAAAGGAGGGACCAGGGCUCUGCUGGAGGCUCUGAGAGUUCACCCGGACGUGCGAGCCGUGGGGAACGAGCCGCAUUUCUUCGACAGGAACUACGAGAAGGGGCUGGACUGGUACAGGGACCUGAUGCCUUCAACCCUGGAGGGUCAAAUCACCAUGGAGAAGACGCCCAGCUACUUUGUGACCAACCACGCCCCGAAGCGCAUCCACUCCAUGGCCAGGGACAUUAAGCUCAUUAUCGUGGUGCGUAAUCCCGUCACGAGAGCCAUUUCAGACUACACGCAGACUCUGUCCAAGAAACCCGAGAUCCCAACCUUUGAGGUGCUGGCUUUUAAGAACCGGACUCUGGGACUCAUCGACGCCUCGUGGAGUGCCCUGCGCAUAGGGAUAUACGCGCUCCACCUGGAGAGCUGGAUGCAGUACUUCCCUCUCUCGCAGAUGCACUUCGUCAGCGGGGAGAGGCUUAUAGUCGACCCCGCGGGCGAGAUGGCCAAAGUGCAGGACUUCCUGGGACUCAAGCGGAUUGUCACGGAUAAACACUUUUACUUUAACAAAACAAAAGGAUUUCCGUGUCUGAAGAAGCCGGAGGACAGCAGCACCCCGAGAUGCCUGGGCAAAUCGAAAGGGAGAACUCAUCCUAGAAUUGACCCCGAUGUGAUCCGCCGACUGCACAAGUUCUACAAACCCUUUAACAUGAUGUUCUACCAAAUGACCGGCCAGAACUUUGAGUGGGAGCUGGAGGGAGGCAAGGAGUCCCGCAGCUCUCAGGACUAG